AUGACAAACAACACGAAGUCCCGUGUGAGCGCGGGCUCCGAGUCUACGAGGCGCAACGAGAAUUCAGAAACGAGAAGAUUGCGCAACCGUAUCUCUCAAAAGGCUUUUCGUGCUCGGCAGGCAAUGCGGAUGAAAGAACUCGAAGAGCGUCUUAAUAUUGGCUCCUGUGGUGACACUGAAUGGGUGACUCGCCUGCAGAACCAGAACGCAGCCUUGCGUGACCAACUUCUCGAUUGUCAUAAGAAGAUCACCAGUCUACAAGUUUCUAUGCAGGGUCUCGCUGACGCCAGCGCAAUCGCACUGGGUAUUGAAAGCCUCGACAGGAUCAGUGAGCCCGAGCCCGCAUCCACUACACUGUGCGCACGUUGCAAGGCAGCGGUAGCUGGACAAGCCGGAGUUGUUCUUGAGUCUGCGCCCCCAGCACAUCCAAAUGAUGCCAAUAGUCACAACGCACCAUUCGAGUUGAGCAAUGAUCAUGGCCGGGAGCUGUCCAGCAACUCCAGUGAUAGCAAUGACGAUACAAAUGCUGGUGGUUGUCGGGUUAACGAUCAUGGACAAGAAGUUGCUCAGGAUUCGGUUCAGGACGGUUCGAACAGGUCGCUAGUGGAGCUUGAGCAGCCAGGAGAAAACCAGUCGCCACCUGUUAUCAACCUGGAUUAUUUCUCCACUGACGACAUCUCCAACAAGUUCGACAUCUUCAGCAGUCAACAGCAGGUUGUCCACAAAUCUACAUACUUUCCUAGUCCAAUUUCGUUGGAUUUGUUAUUCACUGAAGAUCUUGGGCCUCUCAAGUACAGCAACAUCUUGGAGACGUGCCCUUCUCUCGCACACCGAUCAAUUAAGGUGAGAAGGACAAAUUCGCUUUUCUCCGACCAUAUUGACGCGUUGGAACAAUGGGUUGGCUGGAGUUAUUCAAGAUGGACCAAAUCACCCAUACUAGACGAACACCUUACCAGCCCUCUCACAUUGAUCUUGUUGACCUUUGUCAGUAUAUCAUGGAGGUCAAUGACCGCGUGGCAUACCUACACCAAGGCACAUGUACACCUGAAAAACCUCAUGGUAUGGCGAAUCUACAAAACGCCAGACACGUAUCUAAAAGUCGUACCGUCAUACCGGCCGACAAAGUUGCAGAGGCGCGUACCGCACCCCAGCAUCAUUGACUGGAUUCCCUGGCCGCAACUGCGGGACAAAGUUAUUCUCCAUCAUUCUGCAAACCCAUGUCUGGACAGCAUCAUCUGUGAUAUCGGCAAUUCUUACGUUAUGCCGGCGGACCUUUCUGCAUUGAUAAGAUGCCCGCAGUCCGUCCUUGGCUACGUGGGUGUCUGGGACCUAGUGCGAGCAAUGGCCCCGGAGGCUACAGGAUCGCCCAAACCUCAGUCUGACCAUAACGACUUGGAAGCAUCUGAGAACUUGACUCUCCCAGCGCGAAAUGCCAACAGCCUAUUCUCCUCACAAGAUUUAGCUGCGCAAGCUUUCAAACUUUUGGGGACGGACAAAGGACCGUUCAAUUUCCGACUUGAUCCUGCCUUUUUCGGGAGACAUCCUGAACUAUACGACCCCGAUUCUGACCUGAUGGCCCUUGGAGUAGCGUUGCGACCUUGUAGCCAGUCUUCAGUCCCAGUACCCCGUAAUUUAGAUCUUUCGGUGGUGGCUCAGUACCAGGAGAUGUCGAGGUAUCUUAUUGAUUUGGCUCUGGAGUCUGGUCAAUACUCACGAGUGUUUUGA